AUGGCGGAGUACGCUAGUUUACGGCACAUGCAACGCUGCACCGUCCCCACCGACGUACAAUCCGCCUCUGUAUAUCUGCCACAUCACGGAGUUCUUCGUCAACAAAGCACUACAACCAAACUGCGAGUUGUUUUUAACGGAUCAUACCGCACAAAGUCUGGAUACUCACUCAACGACUGCCUUCACACUGGUCCAAAGCUUCAACAGGAUCUCGACGCCGUUCUGCUCCGUUGGCGUGUCCAUCCAUACGUGUUCGCAGCUGAUAUCGAAAAAAUGUAUCGGCAGAUUCUCGUUCACCCUGACGAUCAACCAGCUCAAAAGAUCAUUUGGAGUGAAGCGGGGCCUCCGCUCGAAUAUCUUCUUUGCACGGUCGCCUUCGGUUUAGCAUGUUCGCCAUUCUUGGCAAUACGUGUUAUUUUACAACUUGCUGACGAUGAGGAACAUCGCUUUCCACAAGCAGCUCAGAUCUUACGUGAUGAUAUGUACGUUGACGAUGUGCUUUCAGGUGCUGACACCCCAGAACGCGCGGCUGACAAAGCCAAGCAGUUAGCACAGUUACUCAUAGCGGGCGGCUUUCCGUUGCAGAAGUGGUCCACCAACGAUCUCACCAUACUGGCCAAUAUUCACGAAUCUUCGCAGCUUGAUUUUUCGAACCGAGAAUUCAACGCAGAGGCUAGAACUCUCGGACUCAUAUGGAAUCCAAACUCAGACACGUUCCGAUUCAAGGUCAGUGCUGUUGUCUCUUCUUCUUCUAUCACGAAACGCACAAUUCUGUCUCGUAUCUCUCAGCUCUUUGAUCCUCUUGGUUGGCUCUCGCCCAUCACUCUCGUUGGGAAAAUGCUCAUUCAGCAGCUCUGGAAGGACCAGAUCGAAUGGGAUGACCCCGUUCCAGCCGCAAUUUCGCAGAAAUGGGUGAGCUUCGCCGACAAUCUCACGACCGUGGAGUCGUACUCCAUUCCGAGGUGGCUUCAUACGCACUCAGACUCGCAGGCCAUUGAAAUCCAUGGCUUCUCCGACGCGUCACACGACGCUCUCGGGGCUGUCGUCUACCUUCGCUCAUUCUCUGAGUUUUCAGAUGUUAAUAUCACUUUACUCGUGGCAAAAAGCAAAGUAGCUCCACUCAAAAAACAGACGAUUCCUCGACUUGAGUUAUCCGCUGCGAUGCUGCUGGCUCGUCUGAUCUCUCGCAUCCGCAAAAUACUCCUCAAGUAUCAAUCUGUUCCAGUGCAUCUUUGGCUUGACUCUAGCGUUAGUCUCGCGUGGAUUAGAGGUCAGCCAUCACAAUGGGCAGAAUUUGUCGCAAAUCGGGUCGCUGUAAUUCAGGAGCUUGUUCCAGAUGCAAAAUGGCACCACGUCGCUGGAACCGAUAAUCCAGCCGACUGCGCAUCCAGGGGACUUCUGCCACUUCAACUUCUCAAUCAUGAGCUCUGGUGGCACGGACCUGCCUGGCUAAAACAACCGUCUGUGAUGUAG